UCUUAACCGCUCUCUCUCUCUUUCUUUUAUUUCUUCUCUUUUUGCUUUUCUAUAGUUUUUAUAUUAUUGUUGUUGCCUUCUUCUCUAGAUAUAUAACAGAACCCGUCUGUUUAAUUUCUGUGUAUUGUUCAUAUGGAAGAAGCUACUGUUGUGAACAAAGGAGACGACUUGAUCGAUUUGCCACCCGGCUUUCGAUUCCACCCCACCGAUGAAGAGAUCAUUUCUCAUUAUCUGACCGAGAAAGUCAUGAAUAGCGGCUUUGCUGCUUGUGCGAUUGGUGAAGUUGAUUUGAACAAGUGUGAACCAUGGGAUUUGCCCAAGAGAGCAAAGAUGGGUGAGAAAGAAUGGUACUUUUUCUGCCAAAGAGACAGAAAAUAUCCAACGGGGAUGAGAACAAAUCGAGCUACUGAAUCUGGAUAUUGGAAGGCCACUGGCAAAGAUAAAGAGAUUUAUAAGGGAAAAAAUUGCCUUGUUGGGAUGAAGAAGACUCUUGUUUUCUACAAAGGGAGAGCUCCAAAAGGAGAAAAGACUAACUGGGUUAUGCAUGAAUAUAGAUUAGAAGGCAAAUUCUCUUAUUACAAUCUUCCCAAAACUGCAAAGGAUGAAUGGGUGGUGUGUAGGGUUUUUCACAAGAACACAGGGAUCAAGAAGAGUCCAAUUCCAGGCCUGUUGAGGAUCAACUCUUUUGGUGAUGAUCUAUUGGAUUAUUCUUCACUUCCACCUCUCAUGGAUCCUGCUUACCACUCCAGCAAACCCGGCUCAAGCUUCACGGAUAAUGAAAACGAAUUCAAAGCCAUCAAUACAGCUUCAACAUCAAGAUCUUUAGAUGGAAAUUACCUCUCAAACCUCCACACAAACAACAACAACAACCACCAAGGCUUUCUUCAUCCUCCAAAUAGUACUAACUACCCAACACAAACCUCCAAUUUUUACCCUCAAAUCCCAAUCUCAUCAAAUCCUAGUCUUCUCUCCUACCAAUCUACUCCAAAUCCUGCAGGCUGCUUACACCAAGGACUAAGGAAUAGUUCUGGUGCAAUCACAAGCAUAACCGGCUCCGGGUUUGGUGCCAAUGAUCAGGCGAUUUUACGGGCAUUAGCAGCCGGGAAUGAAAGUUCUAAAAUGGAGAAUAAUCCGUGCAAGGUCGAGCAGUUUUCAUCGAAUCAAUCCAUGGUCAGCCGCUCGCAAGACACUGGACUUAGCACAGACAUGAACACAACUGAGAUAUCCUCGGUUGUUUCGAAGCAAGACAUGGCAGGCAACACAUCGUAUGAAGAUCUUGAAGGUCCUUCAGUUGGCUGCUCCAUAGCUGAUCUAGAUAGCUUCUAUUGGGAGGACUACUGAACUGAUCAUCAAAGCUUUUAAAUACACUGAUUAUAAUUUUAAGUUAAAUUAAUCUCAUCAGGCUUGUUUGUUUCAUAAUUAAUUUCUUAGGAUCGGUAUAUGAUUUUUAAACAGCGAUGAUAUAUAUGUAGGUGUAAAAUGUAUCAGUUUGGAAUGUUCUGAAAUACUUGUAUAGAGAUUAAAAUUUCAUGGUGUCAAGAAAAAUACUAAUUUGCAGCGAAAGAUUCCAUGAAAAUAUAUACCUCUUGUACAUCUAUUCUUUCUAUAUGUUACUGCAUUUAUUCUUCUUGUU